ACGUACCGAUCUUUCAGAGCAUCCAGCCUUCUGUUCAGAAGUUCAACUUCAGGAGAGAAGAAAGGUGGGGCGCUUUGAAGUUUGAACUUCAACAGGUCUGCCGUUCAUUCCACAUUGAAAGUUGCAAUUGGGGCCUGAGAUUUUCUUAAUUUUUGGACCGUCAGGAUUUUCUCCUGCUCCUCCCAUUCUUAGAAAGACGCCAACCAUGGCCGCAACGUCGACGCUUCCCGCAACAAGGUUACCUUCUGCUCAAACACCCUGGCGCUCCGACAGGAAGCAACUUCUAAACACAAACUCUCUGUUGAGUCCCCAACAAAGGCAAGGGGUCCAAGUCCGGUGCCCUCCCUCCUGCUCUUACACCACUCCUCCAUCAAAGAGCCGGAAUGUGGCCGCUUCAGCAGUGGCCUCCGAAACCUCGCCUAGGCCUAGAGGCAAGAAAGUGCAAAAGGAACGGGGUAACUUCCUGUCGCUGGAUAUGAAUGUGGAUAGGCCGCUGACGGAAGAGGAGAGGCAGCAGGAGCGGCGGAAGGAGGUGUCCAGGAAGAUCAAGCAGCUGGGCAGGAAUGGGCAGGCGUCGGCGGCGGUACAGGAGAUGGUGCUUAUGAUGGAGGAGGGCAUCAUGCCCGAUCGCGUGGCGGCCACAUCGCUCGUGCAGGCGUGCAUCGAGGCGGGCGACACAAAGCGUGCAGAGUCCAUCUUUGACCGGUUCUUUGGGAAGGAUGGCGCGUUGGUAGCGGACACUGUUGCGAUGGGCACGCUUCUACGGACGUACGCAGCGAACAAGCCCCCGCGAUGGCCCAAGAUCAUGGCGCUGGUGGCCUCUAUGGAAGCGGAGUAUAGGAUCAAGCCCACAGCCGGAAUAUACAACAUCCUGCUCGGGGUUUGUGCAGUAACCAAUGAUACUGAGCGGGCGGUCGAUCUGAUGCAGAAGAUGGAGUCGGAGGAUAUUGGUCCGGACAUGUUGACUUACGAUGCUAUUAGGAGGCGACGAGUGUUGCGGAACCAGUACAGGACGGUCUUUGCACGCUUUCUAAAUGACGAAGGUGACUCCUAGCUGCGCCGAUCGAACAUGCGGCUAUUUUUUCUAACUUGUCGAACUCCUCGGAAUGAGGCUUGGGGCCUGCUUAUCCGACAACGUGUUGACUCUUAGACCGAAGCUUGUUGACUUUGAAAGAGCAAGCCAGAUUGGCUAUCCACUUGCAGCUAGACGUGUUGUGGAUCCGUAAGUUCGACAACUGAAAGCAAAGUUCGGUGCGCUACUGCGCACGGCCGUGAUGUCACCAUAUACUGCAGCAGUGUAGGGUGUGCGGUUUAUCAUUACGUUGGUUUAAGCUGCUAUAGUACGUGACACAAGUGACCGCGGC